GCCGUGACCUCGUCCGGGGAUGACGAACCCAACCUUGGGCCCUUUGAAUGACCAUACAUGCUCGCAUAUGCUCGGAUCUGUGAGAUUGCGAGAUCGAAUCGCCGUAACAGGCUGAUACCAUCCGCCCUCACCCUAUAGACUCACCUCACCAUGUCAUCCGGACUCCCUCGAUCGUCCUACGACCCCCGUCGCAUCUUCCUCUUCAACCUACCCAAGCUCAACCUCGGCGGCAAGGGAAGAGAGAUCGGUACCUAUCUCGCCGGAGGUCUCUUCGCAGCAUCGUUCUUCCUCUUGAUCGACGCUUCUACCAUCUCGUCACACGCCAAACCACCCCCCGACGCUCCUUAUGAUACCGUCCCAGUGCACAUCUCGUUUACGGACUGGAUCCCUGCCAUCUUCAGUACCCUGGGCUACCUGACGAUCUCUAUCCUGGACAAGACUCAUCUCACCUCGAACUCUUCGGAUUCGUUCGGAUCAGAGGGAUCCAUUGCCUCGCGAGCUAGGGCGGUACUUUUCAUCGGGGUGGCCUUGUUGGCAGGGGGGUUCGCUGGAAGUCUGACGGUCUUGAUCCUAAAAUACCUCGUACCGGGGUAUAACGCCUAUGCCUAUUACGGAGCCGCCAACGUUGGAAUGAACGGUGGACUCAUGCUCAGCUCGUUGAUACUCUGGAUCGCACAGAGCAGUUCGGAUGAGUACGAGUAUCAGUUGACCGUCUAGGAAGCUAGUCUCGCAAGGCCCGUCCUCGUCUUCGUCCGCGUAUCCUAGCUCUCUGCUAGCACAUCCUGCUGCGGUUCGCGUCAGAACGGAUGGACGGAUAUCAAUAAUUCACUUAGGGCUGGAUCGCAGAGAACCGUUGAGAGACGCUCGUUGUAUAUGUACAAGGUAUGAUAGAUGACGCGAGAGAUAUCAAGGCAUGCGAUACCCUACACAAUAUUCGAAAAUAGGAUGCAUCGCUGUGAGAUCCGGUGCAAAGACGAAAGAGGGACUAUGUCGACGGGUAUCUGCUAGAGUGUGCGGAAAAUGACUGGACGACCUGCAUUCAGGACUUGAACAUCAAUUCUCUCAUCAUACCAGAUAUACCUUCGGUUGUUGAUCUCACGAUGAACGAUGUUAUAUUUUGUAAUUUGGG